GAACAGCUUACUCAAAGUCUACUUACUUUUUCAACGGCAAAGCACAUUGCUAUUAAAAAGUGUCAUGGUCAAAGCUAUGACAGCGCAAGUGGCAUGGGUGGAAAUUUUAGAGGAUUACAAGUACGAAUUAAAGAGAUGAAUCAGUCUGCGCAUUGCAUUUCGUGUUUUGCGAUUUCACUAACUAUAGUUGGAAAAUGUGCUGCUGAA